AUGGACGGGCAGCACUCGGAAAAGCCACACAGCCACAGCACGGCUGAUAGGACGUCAUCAACCAUGUCCCAGAACUCCAGAUUCUCCUCCCAUGUCUCCAGAUCCACAAAGGACCUAUCUUGCAUGAAGGUACCUCAGGACCCUGCCCGCAGGGACAGACAGGCACACCCCACCACCAUCCUGCUCUGCAAGUCACAGAGCAGCCAGGCUGCUCUUGUGCCCAAGGAGCACAAGAUGUUCAUGGAGGAAGCCUAUAAUGCAGCUAUUUGCUUCAAGAUGCUCCGAGACCUGAAUAGUUCAGACCCCCUCCACCUGAAGUACAUCAUCAAGAAGAUCAAGAACAUGGCUUAUGGGGCCCCCAACCUGGUGCUGGAAACCAUCCAUGACUACUUUGUAGACAACCCUGAGAUCUCCUCCCGCCACAGGUUCCGGCUGUUCCACAUCCUGGAGGCCGUCAUUGAAGCCAGCGACUCCCUGGAGGAGGUCUGGGAGAAGUCGUUCAUGCAGCUGGCCCUGGAGAACAUGACCAAGUCCACGGAGAUGGAAGAGGUGUACCAGGACGCGGCCAGCAACGUGCUGCUGGCCAUCUGCAGGCACUCGUGGCGGGCGGUGGCCCAGCACCUGGAGACCGAGGUCCUGACGGGCGUCUUCCCGCACCGCAGCCUCCUCUACGUGAUGGGCAUCCUGACCUCUAACGAGGCAAUCUUCAACCAGGGAGAGAAGGCAUGCUGGGAAGAGCAGCUGGCCCAGAUGGCUGUCAAGUCGGUCCAGUUCCUGAACACAGACGUGUGGUCCAAGGCGCUGCUGUUGGCACUCACCAAGCCUGACCAGACACAUCAGGAGCAGCCCCCAGAGAAGGCUUUUCUGUUCAUCUACUAUGGGCUGAUCCUUCAAGCUGAGGACAACAGCACCACCGUCAGGACACACGUGAGAACCCUCCUGGACACGUCCCACCAGUGGCCCAAGCAGAGGGAGGGUAUCGCGCUCACCAUAGGGCUGGCCGCAGUGCGCCACCUGGACCACGUCUGGGCUGUCCUGGAGCAGUUUGGCCGGAGCAUGCCCAUUAGAUGGAGCCUCCACAGCUUCUGCCUGAAGAAUUCAGAGGACCUGCAAUGGAAGUGGGCCAGCAGCACCAUCCUCCUCGCCUACGGUCAGAUGGCGGUCAGGGCCAAGGCGCACAUCCUCCCGUGGGUGGACAACAUCUUGUCUCGGAUGGUCUUCUAUUUCCACUAUAGCUCCUGGGACAAGACCCUGAAGGAGAGCUUCCUCACCGCUGUCCUCAUGCUGGUGGAGGCCAUCAGCCACAAUGAGGGGGCCCACAGCUACGAGUUCUCCCAGAUCUCUGAGCUCCUCGAGUGUCUGAUGGUGUUGGUGGAGAAGGAACCCCAGGACACGCUGUGCACGUCAACUCGCCAGCAGACCAUUCACAUCGUGUCCCGCCUCUGUAAGCUGCGGCCGCCCCUGGACUUGGAGAGGAAGUCACGGAUUCUGUCCGUCUGCCUCCACAGCGUGUUGGCCCUGCCACAGCUAGACGUCCUGGAGAAACACACCUGUCUCUUUCUAGAACCGCCCAACGUACAGGUGCGAAGCUGGCGCAUGGUGCCCUUCACUGGGACUCGGCGGCUGCCUGACCUGCUCCGCAUCCCUGCACAGACCCUCUACAACAAGACCUCGGAGGCCCUGGACCAGAUGCUGCAGAGCUUCAUCAUACAGAACCCCACGGCCGACGAGCUGCACUUCUUGCUGUCGCACCUGUACCUCUGGCUGGCGUCGGAGAAGGCACACGAGCGGCAGCGGGCUGUGCACAGCUGCAUGGCCCUUCUCAGGUUCCUGAGCCACAACCCCUACCUGGAUCCAAAAGAGGACUUCAGGCGGAUUGGGCAGCUGGUGGGCAUGCUGGGGAUUUUGUGCCAGGACCCGGACAGGGCCACCCAGCAGUCCAGCCUGGAAGGGGUAGGCCACCUCUACCAGCUCCUGAUACGCCAGAGAGCGAGGAAAACUCCAAAGGUGGAGGUGCAGGCCCCCGAGCAGCUUUCCCAGGCCAACGUGGAUGGGGCUCCCGUCUGGAGCAGUGGAGACCAGAAGACAGCUCCCACCACCUCUCAGGAGAUGGCAUUCCCGAAGGAUGGCAUCCUCCAGCUUGGCAGCUCCCAAGUCAUCAAGGAGGUCAUGAAGCAUCUCACGAUGGUAGAGCUGACCGACGUCAUCUGGACAACCAUUGACGGCCUGGGCUCCACCAGCCCCUUCCGCGUUCAGGCAGCCGCCGACAUGCUGCUCAUCACCAUCAAGGAGCAUGGGUCCAGCCUGGAGACUGUGGCCAACCUGGGCCGGGCCAUCCACUUGCAGCUCUGCUCUGUCCGCAUCCCCCAAGCCAAAGAAAAUGCUCUGCACGCCAUCACCCUGCUAGCCCGGAACCACACACAGGAGUUGGUGGCCACCUUCCUGGACUUCUCCAUACCCCUGGACAGCCACGCCUUCCGCUUGUGGAGGGCCCUGGGGGCCGAGCAGCCCGUGAGCCGCCUGGUACUGGCCAUCCUGCUGGCCUGGCUGCGGGAGCGGCCACUGCCCGCCGGGGCCAGAGACGGCAGCCCCCAGCCCAAGGACAAGCCCCGCCUGCGCUCGCUCGCUGCCAUGAACACCCUGCAUGAGCUGCAGUUUGCCCGCGAGUUCAAGAAGGCGGUGCAAGAGGCCUACCCCGAGAUGCUCCUGGCCCUCCUCACCCAGACGCACUACAUCUUGGAGCUGAACCUGCCGGAGGAGCCCCAGCCCGGCCAGAAGGCCCCCGAGGCAGCCACGUCCAGCCCGCAGAGCUGUCCCACGUCCCUGGAAGCGCUGAAAAGUCUGCUGUCCACCACGGGGCACUGGCAGGACUUUGCACACCUGGAGCUGCAGGGCGCCUGGAAGCUCUUCACCACCAUCCACACCUACCCGCAGGGCGUGGGUCUCCUGGCCAGGGCCAUGGUGCAGAACCACUGCAAGCAGAUCAAGGCAGUGACCAGCCUGCUGCUGCCCAGCCUGCAGAGCAAGGAGGAGCGGGAGAGGAAGGCGGCCAUCCUCAUCCUCACUGAGUUCCUCUACAGCCCUGCCCUGCUGGAGGUGCUCCCCAGACAGGCUGCCCUGACUGCGCUGGCCCGAAGCCUCAGGGACCCCAGCCCCGAGGUCCGUGUGUUGAGCCUGCAGGGCCUAGGAAACAUCCUUUUCCACCCAGAGAAGGGAAGCCUGCUCCGUGGACAGCUGCCGCCCUUCCUCGACGGCUUCUUCCAGAACAGCGAGCAGGUGGUCGUGCAGGUCAUGGGCACCGUGUCGGACAUGCUGCACCGCCUGGGGGCACAUGGCGCGGGCGCCCAAAGCCUUGGGGUCGCCAUCAACGCCCGCUUCUUUUUUGACGAUGAGCGGGAUGGGAUCCGAGCGGCGGCCAUGGCAUUGUUUGGGGACCUGGUGGCAGCCGUGGCGGGCAGGGAGCUAAGCGGCCUGCGGACCCAGGUGCACCAGAGCAUGGUGCCCCUGCUCCUGCACCUGAAGGACCGCUGUCCGGCCGUCGUCACGCAGGCCAAGUUUGCCCUGUACCGCUGCGCGGUGCUGCUCCGGUGGCCCCUUCGGCACACCCUGUUCUGCACGCUGGCCUGGGAGAGGGGCCUCAGCGCCCGCCACUUCCUCUGGACCUGCCUGAUGACGCACAGCCAGGAGGAGUUCGGCAUCCACUUGGCGCAGGCCCUCCGCUCCCUGCACAGCCGCCACCAGCACGUCAAGACCUGGGCGGCGCUCUUCAUAGGUCACACCCUCUGCUACCAGCCCCAGGCCGUGUGCCAGAUGGUGAACAGUGUAGACACAAACCUGCUGUUCUCCACUUUUGAAGAUCUCAAAAAAGACCCAGAGCCCAGCAUCCGGGAAUUUGCCACCAGACAGUUCUCCUUCCUUCAGAAGGUGGCAGCCAGACCGCAGUGACCUCCAGCCAUCCUCCCUCACCCUCCUCUUCCUCUCCUGUGCCCCCCCUGAAUCGGUCAGCCCCGCCCUGUCCACACAGAGCUGGGUUGCAUAACAGUUUUCCAUUUGAAAGAAAGAUCUAGAUUCAACAAAGAAGCGUCACACCUGUCUGCUCCCUGCCCACCACCUCAUGGCCCCCAGAAGACGAGGCAAGCCCAGGGGACACUGGCAGGCCUAGGGGACAGGGGGCAGACCAGGUCUCCCAGAGACAAACCGUGAAGUCUGGGCAGGGUCCCGCAAAUGACAGCUGUGGAGGUCAGGGGGACUCCACCUGACCAGAGCCCACGCCAUGGCCCGCCGGCGUCCUGAGCGCCGAGAAGGCCCUCCAAGGGCAGCCACAGGGGGAUGGAGCCAUUCACCAGGACUCCCCCCACACCUGAGUCUUCAGUUUGUCUCUCGCUUGGAGCUCUAGAGUCACCAAGGGGCUGGCAGUAGGGAAACGGUCCCUUGGCGGGCCUCCCUCCAGGGGACUCCAGGUCUCCCUCCACCCUGACCCCUAUCCUCGUGGGCACCUGAGGUUCACAGCAGACCCAGCCUGGGUGGGAGCCAGACCUUCCCAGCGGGGCCCACAUGAGCUAUGUGGCCUAGGCAACGGUCUCUGCCCGCUCUGCCUCAGCUACUCCAUCUGUAAAAUGGGUAGUAAGGCCUUCCUCCUGAGAGCCCUCCCAGGGCUGAGUCCAGAGGAGGUCCCUCCCUGGCAGGGACCCCCACCUCCCAGGCAGCCACCUGGAGGCCCGCCUGACCUUCAGCCAGGUCCUCCCUUUUCAGCCUUGGUUUCCCCACAUGUGAAAUGGGCAGGUGGGUCUUUCCGUUGCCUGCUGAAGUUCCUCCUAGGGCCUCACCCCCAGGCUGGCCCUCUCAAGACCCCCACCAGCUGGCCCCUCACCAGCCUUAUCCGUCACGUGCCCACACUGACCCCUCCACACCUUUGCUCAGGAAGCUCUUUCCACCUGCAGCACCUUCCCCACUCUCUCCCACCUGGGGGCCUCCACACUGCCCCCUCCUCUGAGGACGAGCCCCACCAGAGGGAGCCCCCACCCCAACCCGUCCUCAGCCCCGGGGCCUGAGCCACCCCUCCCUUGCACCAGACACACUCCAGGCUUUCACCCACCCCACCCCCCAGAGUCUGUAAGCCCCUUGGGGCAGGGAGGCAGCUGAACGGGGCUGGCCCAGGGAGGCCCGCCACUUGGAUGGUGGGUUGAAAAAAUACAGCAAUCUUCAUGG